UUCCCCCAGAUGGCCCAGAUAUUGCCACAAUUGACCAUAUAAGCGAUCAGUUCGCAACUGGGAUAAAUGUUACCUUGAGCUGUGUUGCUGAUUCUAACCCACCAGCACAAUUCACUUGGUUACAGAAUGGACAAUCUGUCAGCAACUCAGCCUCAUUUUCUAUUAUUACAUCCCUGAAUCAUAUCGGAAACUAUACCUGUAUUGCAACUAACUCAUUUACUGGCUUGACGCGCACUGCAAACAAGACUCUUAUGAUCUAUGCGCCACUGUCCAAACCUACCAUUCUCACCUCCAACAAUACUGCAGUGGAGACCAAAGACUUCUCAUUGACCUGCAAUGCUACAGGUCAAAUUCACGGUUACAAGUGGUUCAUAGACGGAGUUGCCCCAGCUGGUCGCAGGAUACAGCUGUCACCAGAUAGGAGGACACUCACUCUCCGCAGUCUCACAAGAAGAGUUAACAAAGGGCCCUAUGUGUGUGAAAUCGAGAACCCAUUUUAUCGCAAUAGGAGUGAUCCAUUCACACUGGAUGUUGCCUAUGGCCCAGAUAUCGCCACAAUUGUACAUUCCCCUGAUGAGUACCCUACUGGGGCAAAUAUUACCUUGAGCUGUGUUGCUGAUUCUAACCCUGCAGCACAAUUCACUUGGUUACACAAUGGACAACCAGUCAGCAACUCAGCCACAUUUUCUAUUAUUGCAUCCCUGAGUGAUGCUGGCACUUAUACCUGUACUGCAUCUAACUCAUUCACUGGUUUGACGCGUACUGCAACCAAGAAUAUUAUAAUCUAUGGUGAGUAUCUGGAUUGGGCCCCCAACUUUGUGUGGGGCUCUCUCUUUCCCUGGCAUGACAGAAAUAGACAAAAGUGACACUCUCCCCCCCCCCC